CUUUACUGGGUUGCAACAACUCACGUAGAAAAUAGAUACAUGUAAUAAUUACAUAAAUUUCAACAAUACCCAGUUGGCAUAUACGUGGAAUUCAGAUUUUUGUUAUUUUUGCGUGUCGUUUUCAUUAAAGUAUUGAUCACUUACGAAAUGUUUAGAUUUACGUGUACCUGGUCGUUGGUUUUGCUUGUGGAAGAUACCAUUUUUCUCUUUUGACUGUUUGAUUGCUUUCAUGGUUAAAGGGGGGCAGAGGGUGCCAGUUGCACACGAAUUAUCGCAUUUUAACUUAUUGCACGUUAAAACAACGCAGUGCCACAUACUAAUCAGUACGUAAUCUAAUGCAUAUUGGAAUGUCUAAUUUUUGCUGCAUUUUAAUGUUAUAGGUCAUAUUGUACAAAGCCUGUUGGAUUGAUGCCCCCUCUUAACAUGUAAGUGGUGUAUUCAGUAAUGGACACUGCAUUCUCGAGGAUUUAAUUUAUUUUCUGUGGAGUGUGGAGUUACUUGCCGCCUGCUAUGAUGAGUGAACUAAAGGAUUGCCCUCUGCAGUUCCAUGACUUCAAGCCUGUGGACCACCAAAAGGUGUGUCCACGCUACACAGCGGUGCUAAAUCGCUCUGAGGAUGAUGGCAUUGGCAUUGAGGAGCUGGACACACUGCAGCUGGAAUUGGAAACACUGCUGUCCUCAGCAAGCCGACGCUUGAGGGUCUUAGAGGCUGAGACGCAGAUCCUUACCGACUGGCAGGACAAGAAAGGGGAUAAACGAUUUUUGAAGUUGGGUAAGGAACAUGAACUGGGUACUCCUGCUAAGCAUGGCAAGCCAAAAAAGCAGAAGCUGGAAGGGAAGGGCAGCCAUGGGCCAGGACCUGGACCAGGUCGACCUAAAUCAAAAAAUGUGCAGCCAAAAAUCCAGGAGUAUGAGUUUCAGGAUGACCAGCUAGAUGUGCCACGUAUCCCAAAAAAUGAUGCUCCCAAUAGGUUUUGGGCAUCUGUGGAGCCGUACUGUGCAGACAUCACUGCUGAAGAGAUCAGAGUCCUUGAAGAGCUGAUAAAGCCCCCAGAGGAUGAGGCAGAAUACUACAAGAUUCCACCCUUGGGAAAGCACUACUCCUUGCGGUGGGCUCAGGAAGAUUUGCUGGAGGAGCAGAGGGAGGGCGCAAGAUCAGCUGCUGACAAGAAAAAGGGCAUAGUGGGGCCACUGGCUGAACUUGAUGCCAGAGAAGUGGAUGCUUUAUUGAAGAAGUCGGAGGCUCAGCAUGACCAGCAUGAGGACAUUAGUCCAUUUGGACCCUUAACACAACGCCUUUUGCAAGCAUUAGUGGAGGAGAACAUCAUCUCUCCAAUGGAGGACUCUCCUAUCCCAGAGAUGUCCGGUAAAGAUUCAGGAGCUGAUGGGGCCAGCACGUCACCCCGUAGUCAGACCAAGAACUUCAGUGUGCCUCAUACCAAAUCUUUGGAAGCACGGAUCAAAGAGGAGCUGGUGGCUCAGGGUGUGUUGGAAUCUGAAGAUCGCCCCACAGAUGAUUCUGAAGAUGAGGUUCUAGCAGAAUUACAGAAAAGGCAGGCAGAACUGAAGGCUUUAAGUGCCCAUAACCGUGCCAAGAAGCAAGAAUUGAUGAGGCUAGCUAAAGAAGAGACAAAGAAACAGGAACUACGUCAGCGUGUUCGUGUCUCUGAUAAUGAGGUGAUGGAAGCCUUCAGGAAAAUUAUGGCAGCUCGACAGAAAAAGAGGACCCCUACCAAAAAAGAGAAGGAGCAGGCUUGGAAAGCCCUAAAGGAGCGGGAAAGUAUUCUCAAGCUUUUGGAUGGAUAAAAAGAGGGCAACAUCCCCAAUCCUGUCCUCAUGCCCACUGUGCACAUCGCAUUCUCAGACAUGAUUAAAUAUGUCCACAUUCUUGGGAAGGGGCUUUUAAUUGUAUGUUCACUCUAUAUCAGAAAGCCCAUUAUAUCCCAGGUCAUGGGUAGCAUAGCACUGGACCAUGAGAACUUCAUCCCCAUCAAAUUUUGCCCAGUUGCUAAAGGGCUGUGUCAUUUUGUUGAAGAAAAAACAGCAGAAGAAACACGGAUCAUGUGUGAAAGUGAUGGAGGGAACCAUCUUUCUGCUUUUUUUUAAAAAGUAACAAGAUGUUUUAGGUGGAAGGCUGCCUAUGCCAGAACGUGAAAAUAAUUGGACAUUUUGGAUUUUUUGAAUGAGAAGGAAAUACAAAUUAAAACCAGGCUGCAUGCUUUUCGUUCCUGUGCUUCCUAAACAAAUAUGGUAUAGCAUCAGCCUAUUGAAUGGAAAUUUACAAGUGCCAUCAGGAUAGAUAUGGUAUAUAUUAUUUUUUUAUCAUCAUCUUGAGGGUAAUGCUUUGUAUUCUAAAUGCCAAUCAUUUUUGGGACCUUUGUGUUCUGUGUCGUGGAGCUUCUCGUUUGCCCAAAAACUGGGAAAAAAAAUCUGCUGUGUUAACAUUGUGCUCAUUUACAGUGUCGUAGAAGAACCAUGACGCUCUUGAGAUGGCCACAAUCCUAGUUUUUGAUUGCUUUACGCUAUAGUUAGAGAAGCAUCAUCUGAAUCAAAGUGGAAGAAGUCCUUUUCUGUUAUGAACACUCCAAAUGGGACCUAGUUUUUGUUCCCAUAGAUGUUAUAAAUUGGAGGUGUAGAUUUUAUUUUCUUUUUGAACACUAAAUUAAAAAAAAAAGAACUAUCGGGUCAGUUUUGGUUGAUUUCUUAAUUCUAGCUCUUGGAAAUGCAUAAUUUUUCCAGACUGUCUUAAUCGUGUGUGUGAGAUUGAAAAUUACUUUUGUUUCCGUGGAAUGUUCAAGUAUUCUCUUGCUCUACCCAAUGAUCUAUUUUUAUUUUUUAUUAAAAGUGCUUGCAAUCCUGACCUAUUUUACAAACUCUAGUUUUCCAGAGGUCUGCAGGUAUUUCUUUCAAGAUGUGAUGCAAACUGUGAGUUUUUUUGCUCAGUUUAUCUUUAGGCUCCCAUAUUUCUAUGCUUAAUCCUUUCAUCCCGUAUGAUACAGUGGAGCAUGUGGGUAAUGUUUGGCUAAUGUGUUCACGGUUAUAUGUUUGUAGCUUGUACAGCUGUAAAACCAGGUCUCUGCAAAAGCCUCCAUCUAAUUAUCAGCUGUAUAAGUCAUAUUAAUCAAAGACCUUUUAAAGAUGGCUUUACACUGAAAUUUGAAGGUAGCCAUAUUUAACUGACCAAAUUCAGUGUUUGAAUUUCACAGAAAACUCACCAAAAUAUCUCACAGUAAUGCAAAAAUUGAUUCCGUUGGACUGAUAUGUCAACUCCCACUGUUUACAAUUUAUAGAAAAUGUUCUCAUGUUCAUAUUACUUCCUCUUAGGUACUUAACAUUUGAAGUUAUUUUCUAACCUCUCUUCAGUAUGUUUCUAUGUGCAAAGUGGUUCAUAGAAUGUGAUUAUACUGUACAGGUAUCAUCCAGUACUAGUUGAUUUGAUCAUUCACAUGCAUUUGUAAAAGAUACAUCUAUUUUGUUAAAGUGAUUAGUGUGUGUAUGGGUCAGGGCAGCAGCCAUUCUUUCUUAUCCCUGGUCCACCACAGGAUUUGUACUUACUUCAGUAAGAGGCCCAGGAUUUAUAACAUAUAAAGAACUCGCCAAAAGGAAAAUGUCUAAGAAUCUUCAUGCUCAAGUAAGAUCUAUAAAGAACACUUAACCUUUCUCCAUUCCACCUAAAUUUUGGAAAUAGUCUUUGCCAUUCUAGCUCAUGGGAUGUUCCUUUCGUAUUUGUCAGAGAUGGAUUCUGUUUGCGCCUGUACUCUAUAUCUGCUUGUUGUUUGAAUGUAUUAUUGAGGAGUUACCCUGUGCAAUUUUUCUGUCUCUGUGUGUGUUUGUGUGUGUGUUGGGGGCGCACCAGUCAAAACUUGGUUUUAAUGGAACCAAAAAAAAAAAAAAAACAGAUGAGGUUGCCAUAAUGAAGAGUGUUGGGUGUUACUAAUCUCCAACCACGCAUUAAGGAUUUUGUUCAGCAUUUUAAGUAAAGGUUAAUAGAAGAUGUCUAACAGUCACUUUUCAUUUUUUAUCUUAUGUCCUUUAGGCAAACGUUUCUGGUUGUCACUGUGAACUGGCAUUGAUUACACAGAUUCUUGUACACACCCAGAUUCAGCUUUUUUAUCGUUGUAUGAAAGUUUUUGAAUAAAAAUCUUUAAAAUUA